AUGUCCGUCGCUCCCCAAGAAUUUCAGUCACAAUCCUACUACUAUCUUCCUUAUCGCCCUACCUCUUCCCAUCGCCAACCUCAGCAACAAGAUAUUUCCUACUUCAACUUUACCAACCUCAACCACUCACCAACCCUCGACUCUACAACCACCGUCGCCAUGGCCGCUGCCGCCGCUGCUAAUGCACGAUCUCAACAAGACGCUAGUGUUGCACAGGCACUCGAGAUCGCUCGCGAGAGUCCUGAUGGUUCAUCAGACCCUACUAUCAGCAAGAUACUAGAGGGUGCGCUGGCACGAAUCUGGAGCAAAGUUGCAGCGCAUCCCGACUCGUAUGUUAUGACAAAAGACGAGUUUGCUGUCUUCAACUUCUUCCAGCACAGAUUCAUCGGCAACAAGAUGGCACUUAGCGCUCGCAAGCGAUUCUGGGAUAACACUCACGCUUGA